AUGCAAUCUUUUGUUCUAGGCGAGGCAGGAGCCGCAGCUCCUCCCGCGGACGCAGCCGCAGGAGCCGCCGCGGAGCCGGAGCUGCUCUAUGCGCUGCCGCUCUUCCGGAAGCCAGCCUUCCCUGGGUUUUACCAUGUGAUCCAGGUCCAGGAUCCCGAAAUCAUGGAUUACAUCGUGAGGCUCAGAUCCUCAGAGAAGGGAGGCUACCUUGCAGGCUUCAUGACCAAGGAAAUGCCUGAAGGCUUGGCUGACUCCCCACAGAGCGAGACGGCCGCGCCGUUGCUGAGUUUGCCUCCAACCCCGCAGACGCAGCAGGGCGAGAAGAAGACGCGAAAGGACACGGGGAAGGUGGCUUCCUCGGAUGCUUUGAUGGAGGUGGGCACGAAGCUCCAGGCGCGCUGGGGCCGAACGGCGGCCCCCGCGGGGAACUGCACUGCGCCGUGCUUCGAGCUAGUGGUGACGGUGACCUUGGGGAAGAACCAGGCGCCCAGCCAACCCGGUGGCAGCCUGGUGGUGAUGCCCAUGCAGCGAAUCCGCCGCGUGGGCACUAUCUCCAAUCCCGUCGCCGGGGUGCCCCUCUGCGCCGUGGAGACGGUGCCCCUUCCCGUGCUGGAAGUGCCGACCGAUGAGUCCGAGACCAGCAUCGAGAUUCGAGCGCUGAACCAUGAAAUGGUCGCCACGAUGAAGGAUUUGCUGAAGAUGCAGUUUGUUAACAAGGAGCAGUUUGAGCAAGUGAUCAAGCAACCUGGGCAGCAGCCUAGCGAACUGCGUCAUGAUGAAUCUUAG